CGCAAACACACGGACCGCCCUCCUUUCCCUUUGCCUUUUUUAUUUUGCUUUGGGUCGGCAAUUGGGGUUGGGAAAUCGAACAAGGAAAUCACGGCCGGCCAUUCCCCCCCACCGCCAUCGCUUUGAGCAUCGUUCUCGUUGCCUGCACAAGUAGUCAGUUGCUACGCUACACAACCGCCACCCGCUGCGAUAAUCAGAGGGCUGCAAAAGGCGCACACGCACAAUCAACUUGCUCGAGUUCUCACUGACCGUUCGUUUUCGGCAUUUUAAAAAAAACACAUCUCCAGUUUGUCAGAAUAGCCAACGUUGGACAUUUGACUCUUUCCUGGCUUCUCCCUUGAACUCGUUUGGUGUAUACGCAUUGACGGUCCUCGCCCCUCAGCACCCACGUCUCUAUUCACGCUCCAAAUUGUAUGAUGGCGGAGAACCAGGAGGUUGACGUGGACUCGAUUAUCGAACGUCUCUUGGAAGUACGAGGUAGCAGACCUGGGAAGCAAGUUCAACUUGCAGAACACGAAAUCCGUUACCUGUGCACCAAAUCCCGGGAAAUCUUCAUCAACCAACCUAUCUUGUUGGAGCUGGAGGCACCGAUCAAAAUCUGCGGGGAUAUCCAUGGACAGUAUUACGACUUGUUGCGGUUGUUCGAGUACGGCGGCUUCCCACCGGAAGCUAACUACUUGUUUCUGGGCGAUUAUGUCGAUCGAGGAAAGCAGUCAUUGGAAACGAUUUGCUUGUUGCUAGCAUACAAAAUCAAAUACCCAGAGAACUUUUUUGUCUUGCGUGGAAAUCAUGAAUGCGCAAGCAUCAACCGUAUUUAUGGGUUUUAUGAUGAAUGUAAGAGGAGAUAUAACAUCAAAUUGUGGAAGACGUUUACGGAUUGUUUCAACUGUCUCCCCAUUGCCGCCAUCAUUGACGAGAAAAUCUUUACCAUGCACGGCGGGCUAUCUCCUGAUUUGCAGAGUAUGGACCAAAUUCGGAGGGUGAUGAGACCAACUGAUGUUCCGGACACAGGGUUGUUAUGUGACUUGCUAUGGUCUGAUCCUGAUAAGGAUAUCACUGGAUGGAGUGAAAAUGACCGAGGAGUCAGUUUCACCUUCGGUCCAGACGUAGUUACUCGCUUUUUGCAAAAACAUGAUUUGGACUUGAUUUGUCGGGCGCAUCAGGUUGUCGAAGACGGAUACGAGUUUUUCGCAAAACGACAGCUGGUGACAUUGUUCUCCGCACCAAAUUACUGUGGAGAAUUUGAUAAUGCGGGGGCGAUGAUGAGUGUAGAUGAAACGUUGAUGUGCUCGUUUCAGAUACUGAAACCUGCAGAGAAGAAAACGAAAUAUGCCUACGGAGGAAUGAACUCUGGCCGGCCCGUGACACCGCCACGUAACAAGAAGAAAAAGGAAAUGGCAAAAACUAUGUAGGACGUUGUAUCGUUGUUUGGAAUGCGUAUUUUGCAGUCACUGGGUGUUAGCUUACCGUACUGGUAAUCGGUGGUGAUGUGGUUUGGUUGGGGGUUUUUGAGGAUUCGUAUUUGGAGAGAAAAGGUUGUUUGCGUGAUGUUGGACCACGACAUGCAUUUGGGAUUUUUCCGCUUGCACAAAGACGUCCCCUUUUUUCAUUAGCCUGUGUAUUUAAGAUACGGGUUCGAAUCCCCGUUCCAAUUCCCA